AUGUCUUCUCCUCUACAUAACCCUCAAACACCAACGCCAGAAAGCAAAGAACACACCCUCUCCUCCCAACCACCGCCAAACUCCACAGUCCUCGACAUCGAGCAGCAAGAAAAAGCCGGCUCAAAGGACACCGCCUCAUCACCCACGGACUCUGUAUUCAAAGGCCUGGCCCUCCUCGACCGCUUCCUCGCGCUAUGGAUCUUCCUAGCCAUGGCCAUUGGCAUCAUCCUCGGGAACUUCGUGCCCAACACCGGUCCAGCACUGCAAAAAGGGAAGUUUGUAGGAGUUUCUGUUCCCAUUGCAAUUGGAUUACUAGUAAUGAUGUAUCCCAUCUUGUGUAAAGUCCGCUACGAAACCCUCCACCGCGUCUUUCGAGACCGCAAGAUAUGGGUGCAAAUCGGCUUUAGUGUCAUCGUAAACUGGAUCGUCGCACCUUUACUUAUGCUCGCACUUUCCUGGGCCUUCCUCCCCGACAAGCCCGCCCUCCGUGAAGGACUCAUCCUCGUUGGUCUCGCCCGCUGCAUCGCCAUGGUGCUAAUCUGGACCAACCUCGCCAACGGCGACAACGAGUACUGCGCCAUCCUCGUCGCCAUCAACUCAGUGCUACAGAUGGUUCUCUUCGCGCCUCUCGCCAUCCUCUUCCUGCGCGUCAUCAGCGGCGCGAAGGGCGACGACGUGUCCUACGAAGUCGUCGCCCAGUCCGUCGCCGUGUUCCUCGGCAUCCCGCUUGGUGCGGCGAUACUCACGCGGUUUGCGCUGCGGAAACUCGCUGGCCCGGCGUGGUACGAUGGUGUAUUCCUGCGCUUCGCGGCGCCAUGGUCGCUCAUCGGUCUUCUCUUUACGAUUCUCGUGCUAUUCGCAUCCCAGGGGCGCCAGGUGGUCCAUCAAAUCGUCUCCGUAGUGCGCGUAGCCGCGCCGCUUGUCGUGUAUUUUGGCGUCAUCUUCUUCGUCACUCUUUUAGUAUCGCACAAACUGGGGUUCGGAUACAAGUUGGCGGCGACGCAGAGUUUCACGGCGGCGAGCAAUAAUUUCGAGCUGGCGAUUGCAGUGGCGGUUGCGACAUAUGGGGCGAAUAGUGAUCAAGCGUUGGCGGCGACGGUUGGGCCGCUGAUCGAGGUGCCUGUGCUGUUGGCGUUGGUAUAUGUAGUUAAGGCUAUUGGACGGAGACGUGGGUGGAAGGAUUGA